CAUGCCUCCACUUUCUUUACUGGUGAUGGCAAAACCUCUCUAAUGCCAUAGCCAUGUCGAUGCCUAUCGCCACGCUCUCUUCUCCCGCCUUCAAAAUUCCAUCUCUUCAUCGCCUCAAUUAUCGAUUUCGUAACCAAACUGUUUCAUUUCGCUCUUCGUCGAUCAAAACCCUUCCCUUUAAUCCCCAACCCACCAGGAAAAGAUUUGGCCUUUUCUACUCUAGAAAUUUAGGUUUUUGCCUGAAUGCUUCAGAGAAUGGACAAGGAGAGAGGAAGACCAGCGUUGAUGAUGAUGCUGAAAGGUUGGCUCGUGGGGAGAGUACGAUGCCUGAUAGGUUCAGGCAUUUGACCAAAGAAGCGCCUGAUCCUCCUGUUAGAUGGCCAUGGUUUGUGGCUCUGGGUUUCCUCGUCUAUGCAUGGAGGGCAGUGUUAUUUGAACUAGGCAACUGGAAAAAGGGGGCACUUGCAGUUGUUAGUUUUGUGGGAUACCUUCUGAAACUUUUGUUGGCUGUCAUCUUCCAUUUCAUUGGGGAUCCAGUCACUUCUAUGAUCGGAUGCAUAGAGACUUUAAUAUAUAUAGUUCGGGCUUUCUAUUCUGGGAUAGUUGCUUAUGCUCCUAUCCCAGAAUUGACUAUGAUUAUUGUUCUUGCAUCUGCAGUUCUUGCCAUUGCCGAAGCUGCUGCUCCAGACUCUAUAGUUAGCCAACCAUAUCUUCUUACAAUGUCUGGCUUGGUUGGCUAUGCAGCUGUAAGGAACUACAUUUCUGAGCCAUUCUUCUGGACACUCCUACUGGGUUUUUAUGGUUUCUCUCGAUUAGUUAAAAAGAGAGAUCAUGUUACAUCUGCUUUGCCUGCCGCUGCUGUACUGGCUGCCAUUGGAGAACCCUGGGUUAGAGUUUUAGUGAUGCUUUCCUAUCUGGCUCUAGCUAUUUCUCACCAUUCAAGGAAGCUUUCCAAAGAAAAGGAAGAAGUUGAAGUUGUGGCAACAGGUCAAAGGGUUCCAGUACCACUGUUAUGUGCAGCCUUAGCCAUUGGAAUUCGUCUUGCUGCUAAGUGGGCUGGGUACCGGCACUUGACAUGGAUGAUAGUAUAAGGGUUGGGAAUUGUAUGGAAAUGAUAAGAUAUUACAAUUGGCUCAAUGUGCAAUACCUGUGGCGGUCUUCUGGUUUAUGCUUGGUAACUUUUGGUAGAUUUUCCUGUCCAGGUGUUGCACGUGUUUUGAAUAAGUGUAACAAUUGCAAAAGCUCAGGGGAUAAAGAUAGUAUUGUGUAUUCCAAAAAAUGGUAAAUUAGGUUGAAGCUCUUAGAAUAUUUUGUUUAUUGUUUGUUGAGCUAGCUAGCUUCACAGCAACAUAAAUUCUUUGUUCAGAAUUAUGCUAUAAAAUGUUUAGCAAUUCGAUUA